UGGAGGAGAGAGAAAACCCCAGCAGGUCUGCUCCCGAGGCUGCCUGUCAUUUUGCCUCCCGGGCGCAGGGGGUAGCGUGACAGAGCGUUUGGGAGUGUGCGCAGCGCCCAAGGACACAGUUUGGACAGAGGGUCCCAGGGAUUUUAGCCCUUUCUUUCCCCACCUCUGUUGUCCCCCAAGUGCUGGGUGCCUGGGACAGUGGCAGAGUUUGGACCAGCGCACAUAGGUGACACAUGCCUAUGGCAUCCUGGCUGCCUGCAGCACGGCCUGCCGGCAAAGCCCUGGCCAGGGCUGCCCCGUCACUGCAGAGCCUGGGAGGGCUCCUGGUGGCCUCUCAGCCCUUUGCAGAGCCCUGGGCUGCCCCAAGGAUGUGGCACGAGCCAUGCCACCCCACCACAGGCACAGUGCAGUGGGGCUGGAUGGAGGGUGCCAAGGCUGCCAUACCCAGAGGGCACCCCUCUGCCCCCAGAGAGAUGGCUUCAGGGUGCUGCCGGUUUGCACCUUGCAGCAAGACCUGCAGUUUGGAAAAGGCUCUUUUCCCUGGCUGCAGAGCCUGGCCCCUUUCCUGCCCUGCUUGCAGACGCAGCGGAUUAGCCAGCGGAGCAGCCAUGCACCCAGCUUGGCCACAGGGCUGGAGUCAGGAGCACCUCGGGAAGAGGAUUUGGGAGCAAAGAGCAGCAGCCAGAGGGGAGAGCACCCACAGGGUUGGGCAUGGAGGUCAUGGCUCCCGCCACCAUCAACGCCUUGAAUGGCUCCUCCGUGAAGCUCUCCUGCACCUUCAACUCCUGCUACAAAGUGGAGAACAAGCAGUUCUCCCUCAACUGGACCUACCAGGAGUGUGGGAACUGCUCUGAGGAGUUGUUCCUGCAGUUCCGGACGAAGAUCAUGAACAAGCAGCUGGACCGCUUUGGGAACCGGGUGGAGUUCACCGGGAACCCCACCAAGUACGACGUGUCCUUCACCCUCAAAAACGUGCAGCUGGAGGACGAGGGCACCUACAACUGCUAUGUCCUGAACCCCCCCGACCGGCAUCGGGGCCAUGCCAGCAUCAGCCUGAAGGUGCUCACAAAAGAGCCCCCGAAGCACGACUCGACGGUGGCCGUCAUCGUGGGCGCCUCCGUAGGCGGCUUCUUGGCUGUGGUGAUCCUGGUGCUGAUGGUGGUGAAAUGCGUGCGCCGGAAAAAGCAGCAGAGGCUGAACACGGACGACCAGAAGACGGAGGAGGAAGGGAAGACAGAUGGCGAAGGCAACCCAGAUGAGGGCACCAAGUAACGCCCCCCCUGCCCGCCCCUCCCUCUGCACCCCUGUACAGUGUGACCCCCCCCUUGAUGUGCUUCCCAGAGCAAGGAUUUCUGUCUCCCCAGAGCAUCCCUCCUUCCAUCUAGAUUCCCCACCCCAGCCUGGAGCAGGGCGCGGAGAGAAGGUCCCCGGAGCCUGGCCGCAGCGGGCAGGGCUGGGGAGGGCGGCUGAAGCGCAUCGAGGCUGCCCCCGAGGCUGAGCUGGGGCCGGCUUGUCCCCUGCUCCGAGUGCCCCAGCACCGCGUGGGAAGGUUUUGGGGACAGGGUGGCGUGGGAGAGGGGGAAGAGCAGGGUCCCCAAGCAGGGGGUGCCAGGAGGGGCAGAGGGGGCUGGGCAGCCCCAUGCCCAGAUGUCUGCGCCCUGUCCCUCUAGAAAAAGAGAGCGGGGGCCAGCAGUCACCUGCCCUCGGGGCCACAUCUUGCCCCUGAGGCACUGCUGCUGUGCCUGGGGCACGGGCACCGGUGUCCCCGUCCCCAAGGGAUCCCCAAUAGCUGCCUGUCUCCUCCUUGCAAGUCCUGUGUGCCGGCGCCGAGGGUGCUGCGACAAGAAGCUCGUGCUCCUCGGGGACUCUCCCAGCCUGCUUGGAAGCCGAGGGCUGGGUAACGACCGUGAGCCCACGCGCUGUCUCUGAGCUCUGCUGGGUUUUGGAGCCGCUAAUGGCUCCUGGUGUGUAACGGAUGUACCCUUCUGCCUCUCAGGCUAUUUUUGAGCCUGAGCGUCUCAGCCAAAGGUGCUGGGCUGACUUUUUUUGCGCUCGUUUCCUUCUUGGGGAGGGUAAUUCUAAUGGAGAAUGUUCUGCUGAUGUGCCAAACCGCGGUGGCGGGGAGCGGCGGGGUACGGCUGCUAGGGAUGAAGAGCUGCUGGGAGUUUUUUGGGUGCUUGCUGGGAAGGACUGGGCACAGCCACGGGCCCAGAGGCAGGGCAGCUCUGGAACCCCCCCGAGCAACCCCGUGAUGCUGAAACUGCCUCCUCCAGCCUCGCUGCAGGGCCCUGCACAAUCCGUAACUGCCACGGCAAUGCACUGCCAGCCCAGCUGCAGGCCCCGCAGUGCCGGCUGCCGCCUGCCCCAGCCCCCUCCAUGGUCCAGCGCCUGCCCUGCCUGCGGCAGCUCCCCCCGUGCACCCCGGGAGCUGCCCUGCAUCCCCCGCAGCUCGUUAUGAGCAGUGGCCAGGGCAGCUCCAGGGGUGCGAGGGCAGGCGUGAGAAAGCGGUGAUGCUGGCUGGUCCCAGCCCACUGUGGUGCAGGGGGGUGCAGCGAGCCCCAGGGCUAGCACCCCAGGGUUCCUGCCUGCCCUGGGCUCGCUGAAGUGUGUGGGGAGCUCGCCCUGGGGCCUCUUGCGGGUCAGCUGGGGAUAAUGACCCAGGGAAGCAUCCCCUGCCCCACCAUGCCCAGGGUUUUCUUCUCCUGGGGCAGGAGAGGGGCAGUGCACAGACCCCCGGGGGACACUGCCCGGUGAUGACGGAGGUCCCCCAUUGCCCAUGGGGAACACUGCCAGGGGAGAAGGGAGACCUUCGCUGUGCUACCCACUGCCCUGUGCUGCCAUGUCCCUCCGUGAGUGCCAUCCUAACAGCACCACCAGUCCCCGGGGAUGAAGGGACGGCUGUGUGCUCCCUGCUCUGCCCCCAUCGCUUUCCACCCCCAGCCCCUCCUGCCCUCUCCACUCCGCUCAUCCGCCAGCAGGAAUGCGCCGUGUCUUGUCCACUGUGCCUUUCCCCCUCUCCCGUGGGCUCUCCUGCCCCGGGAGGCUGGGCUGAGGCUGCCUGCCCCCCGCGCACCCCCUCGCCAGAUGGCUUUCCCGGUUCCGUGCCAGCGGGGAGCUGGCUGCGAGGCUGGUUCCCCGGGGCUGGGCUGUGAGCGGCUCCACGCGGGACUGAGCUGGCAACUUUGCGGCCAAAGGGCCUCUGACUGUUGCACAUGGACCAGUCUUGCAUCUGCCUUUCAUUUCUUUCGUGCACUAUCCUUGGAUUGCAACUUGCCAAUGCAUUUGUAUGUACAUAGCUGUACACAACAGAGAGAAUCUCUACAAAUAUAUAUAUAUACACACACAGGAGGCGCUGUUAUCCGUCAUGACUAUAGUUUUGGGGUUGCGCCUUCUGAUGGGUUUGUUUUGCCAAA